GAACAUAGAACAUUUUCUCUUCAUUUUCUCUGCAUCUCUUUUCCCUUUUGUAUCAAUCUCUCUUUCUCUCUGUGUAUUUAGUUUUCUUCUUUAAGUUUUUUCUUUUGUUUUCCAUCAUAACCAUCACACGAAUUACACACAAUUAACUGUUGAACUUUUUGAUUCCACGAAUAAUUGAUUUUCAUCAUGUUCCAUAUCAGAAUUAAAUUGUAACUCUGGAUCCAGACUUUUCUCAAGUGAAUAUAAAUCAUUGUCAUCAGUUUCUUCAGUUUUCCCUCUCAGCUUCAUCAUCCUUUUAAUUACAUCUCAUGUUUCAUCAAAUUCAUCAUAUUAUCUCAAACUAUCAUGCAAAAAGGUUUCAACAAUUUACCAACGUUUCAAAUUAACUCGGAUACCAAAGAAAUACAAUGUUAAGGUAACAACAACAAUCAAAUAGGAUCCUCAUGUUAUCAAGCCACUUGAUCAGCUUAAUUAUUGCCCAAAUGAUUGAGUAAUUAGUUGAUUAGUUACAAGAAGAAACAAAGAAAAACAAAACUCAAUUUCAAAGAAAAAGAGAGAGAGAAAAAAGUUCUAACUGAAAUAAUUUCUCUCCCACAGAAAGUUACCUGUUGAUAUAUAACAUGUUACAGUAGAUGGCUAUGAGAAACAUCAACAAUCAACAAUCAACCCAACAACAACUCCAACAACACCACCACCACCACCACCACCACCAACAACAACAACAACAACAACCAAGAACCAGCAACAACAGAAACAUUAAUAUGACUUUUCCUAAUGUAAUAUAAAUACAAGAUAUUAUUAAUAUAUAAAUAUAAGAUAAAUAUAAACACUUACCUGUUGGUGGGUAUUCAAUCAACUUGAAAUAAAAGCAUACCCACCAUUAGAAUCAUCAGAAAUAUAGCAAAACCCAUUACAAAUCCAUUAUAAAGGGAGAAAAAGUAAAAUAUUAUAAAAAUAUAUAAGAAAAGAGGAAUCGAAAAAAAAAAAUUGGAAAAAGACUAGAGUAGAGGUGGAGUAGAAAAGGUUGAGACUGAACUUUUCAUAAGAUAUUGAUUCAAUUACACCCACUUCCUGCCUUCUAUUAUCCUGAAAUUAGAUGUGAAUACACCCUGAAUAUGAGAUUUCAAGUUAUUCAGCUUCAAUCAGGAUCAUCGUCAUCAUCAUCAUUUCCAUGAUGAUGGUUAAAACUGUUUCUGGAGAAGAGGAAAAAAGUUUCAUUAACCAUUAGACUAAAAAUUUAUCAACAAUUAAAACUUUUUAAAUCGUUGUAACAAUUAACCAGAAAGAAACGAGAAGGAGGAAAAGUGAAUAUAAAAAUUCAACGAUAAACUAACUGGACAUUCACUUGUGGUCAGUUUUUCAAUGCCUGCGAGGAAAGGACUUUUAGCUCCACAAAAUACUUUCCUUGAUACAAUAGCAACUCGAUUUGAUGGAACUCAUAGUAACUUUGUUCUCGGAAAUGCUCAAGUCCCAAACCUUUAUCCGAUUGUCUACUGUUCUGAUGGAUUCUGUGAGCUCACCGGUUUCCCUCGGGCGCACAUCAUGCAAAAAGGAUGUGCCUGUAGUUUCCUGUUUGGUGAGGAAACUUCCGAAGAUCAUAAGAAGUCAAUUGACGAAGCUCUGGAAAAUAAAACUGAACUUAAAUUGGAAGUUCUUUUAUACAAAAGAAAUGGUUUACCCUUUUGGUGUCUACUGGACAUUGUACCAAUUAAGAAUGAGAAACACGAGGUUGUCCUGUUUUUAGCUUCUCAUAAAGAUGUCACCAAAUCAAAGAUGGACGAAGAAGAGGAAGACAACAAAUCAUCACCGGAUAUUGAUAGAGAUGAUGAAGAUGAAGAUGAUUAUGAUGAUGAUCACCAUCCUCGUCUUCCAGCCAGUCAUUAUCAGCGUAGACGGAGUCGAGCAGUUUUAUAUCAGCUCUCAGGUCACUAUCGUCGUAGUGUCAGCAUGAAAUCAAAGUUAAAGUUAAAUAAUAAUCUAUUACAUUCAUCGUCACUUCCGGAAUAUAAAGCAGCGACAAUUAAAAAGCCUCGAUUCAUAUUGUCACAUUAUGGAACUUUGAAAACUUGCUGGGACUGGUUGAUAUUGAUCGCGACAUUUUAUGUCGCCAUUGUUGUUCCUUAUAGCGCUUCCUUCCGGGAAAGCAACGACACUCCAGCCACGAUAUAUACCGAUGUAUUUGUCGAAAUUGUCUUCAUCAUUGAUAUAAUGUUGAAUUUCCGGACUACCUUUGUAAAUAAAAAAGGUGAAGUGGUAACUAAAUCAAAAUCAAUUGUAAUUCAUUACAUUCGAGGUUGGUUUUUUUGCGAUUUAAUCGCCGCUCUGCCUUUUGACGUUUUGUACGCUGCUAAUCUUUAUACAAGGAACACCUUAACCCAUUUACUUAAAUUGACUCGACUCCUGAGGUUGGCCCGAUUGUUUGCCAAAAUGGAUCGGUACUCACAGUAUAGUUACAUCAUUUUGACCUUAUUGAUGCUGAUGUUUUCACUGGUCGCCCACUGGUUGGCCUGCAUUUGGUACGUUAUCGGUGUCGAGGAGCUUGAACAUAACGAAGGCGCCUGGUCAGUGGGUUGGAUUCCUCAACUUUCUAAUCGUUUAAGUUACGAUGUUUACAAUACAUCGGACAUGUACUCUGCCUACACAACUGCCCUUUACUUCACUACAAGUAGCCUUACGAGCGUUGGUUUCGGUAAUGUGGCCGCUAACACCAAUGCCGAAAAGAUAUUCUCAGUCUUUAGUAUGCUGAUCGGUGCUCUUAUGCACGCCGUUGUUUUCGGUAAUGUAACCGCGAUAAUCCAACGGAUGUAUGCCCGUCGUUCACAAUAUCAGACCAAACUUCGUGACCUUAAGGAGUUUUUCCGCCUCCAUCAGUUACCCAAACAGUUACGCCAACGAAUGACCGAAUAUUUUCAAACGACUUGGUCACUUAAUCACGGAAUCGAUGCUAACGAGAUUCUUCGUGAAUUUCCUGAUGAACUUCGUGGUGAUGUUUCGUUACAUUUACACCGAGAAAUCCUUUCAUUGCCCAUAUUUGAAACAGCGCCGCAGGGAUGCCUUAAGUUACUUUCAAGGCACAUAAAGAGUAACUUUUGUGCUCCCGGUGAGUAUUUACUUCAUGAUGGAGAUGCACUUUCAUAUAUUUACCUGGUCUGUAACGGGUCUAUGGAGGUUUUGCAAAAUUCAAUGGUUGUGGCCAUUCUUGGUAAAGGUGAUCUUGUCGGCUGUGAUAUUCCCUCCUCCCUUAAUCCGGAAGCAUUGAUUAAAUCGUCAAGUGAUGUUAAAGCUUUAACCUAUUGUGACCUCAAAUCUAUACACAUAAGUGGCCUACUUGAGGUACUUAAAUUGUAUCCCGAGUUUGCUGAAACUUUUUGCACGGAAAUUAUUCACGAUCUUACCUUUAAUUUGAGAGAAGGUCAUGAUGAUGCCUAUGGGGUAGGAUUCUUUGGUGGUGGUGGAGGAGGAGGAGGUGGUGGUCUUGGUGGAGGUGGAGGUGGACGAGGAGAUGGGUUUGGUGGUGGUGGUGGUGGUGGUCUUCAUCCUGCUCAUUCAUUGACACUUCCUUCAAUUUCUGAGGAUGAUGAAGAUGAUGAGGAGGAAGAAGCGGAUGAAGAUGAUGAUAAUCAAGGUAAUGAUGAAGAUGAGGAAGAAGAUGAUAGAGAAGAGCAAAUUGGUGUAAAUAUUACGGAUAAAAGUCGGUCUGAUGAUGAGAGUGAAUCAGGUUCACCUCCGGUGGCAUCACCGCCUCUUGGCCUGAGAGCUCGAAGUCGAUCUGGAACUCGAACAUGGAAUUUACUUGGAAAUGAAUCAUCGGGUGGGCAACAAGUUGACAAUUUACUUUGUGACUCCAAUCGAUCACCGAUCAAUCAACCAAAUCCAACACGAAGAUCAGCAUUAAAGUUUACUGGUUCUUCUUCCAACACCGGAGGUAAAUCUCCAGCCACGAGUAACCAUCAUCACGGGAAUUUGGAAUCACCACCAACCAGAAAAUCAAACGAAGGUAAAAGUGGCCGGAGAGAAAAGAAAAAUCCAAUCAAAGAAGGAAACAAAAUGAUUCGAACCGAUUCUUCAUCCGAUCGAGAAUCAAUUGAACGUAUCGAUGGACAAAUGAAUUCAAUUCGUCAAGAUGUCGCUCGACUUUCCAAUGAUAUGAGAUUAACAUUAACACUUUUACAGAAAUUAUCUUCCAACGAUUCUUCUUGUCAUCAUCAUCAUCAUCACCAUCAUGAAAGAACAACGGGACGAGGUCGAAUAAUCGACAAGACUCAAUCACUCGGUGAAUUAAGCGGCAAAUCUGACGGAUCAAUUGCAAGUGCUCUUUCAACAGGAUCACCUCGUGGAUCGGCUUCCAUCGGCGGAGGUCCUCUUUCAAUGGAAGCCGAAGACGAUUCAGUCAGCGGUGGAAUCACAACCGAAGUUAACUUGACCACGAUCAGCGGUUGUUCAUCAGUCACCGGCGGUGCCGUUGGAACAAAUUUACCAAUGUAUCCAAUUGAUUCCAACCUUCGAUCAGGACUUUUAGAUGAACCAUCGACUAAUUCUGAUUCCGUGAAUUCAUCACUAAUCACUCAGCGUAAUAAUAACUCAAUGGAAAUCAAUCACCAUCAUCAUCAUAAUAAGACAACAAUUAACACCAAUAAUCAUCAUCGUCAUUCAUUACAAACCUCAAGUGCUACUCAAACCGAUCGAUGCCUACUCGAUGAGUUACUUGCAAAACUAAACGAUUCUGGUUCACCGCCACCCAAUUCGGGUUAUUCAUCAUCUUCAUCCAAUGAAGAUAAAGUUAGACACCUGAUGGGUUUACAUUAUCACCGGAAUACUGAGGAUUCUGAAAGUAUUUCAGAUGAUUCAGUUUUAAAAAAUUCUCUUACCAUUCAAAGUAUCACAUCUUCCAGGGACGUUUCUCCCUUUAAAGGUUCACGAAAUAGUUGGAACUUGGGGUUGGCUGAAUCAUCUUCAUCUUCAUCUCCUCCUCUUCCAAUGCAAUUAGAAUCAUCAUCAACAAUCAUCAACAGAUUAUCACAUCAACAACAACAACAACAAUCUCUCAUCUUAUUCACCUUGUUACACUUUACCAUUAACAGCAAUUCCAUCAUCAUCAUUAUCUUCAUCAUCGACAAUAAUAACAGCAAACCAAUCGACAGGAUUAACUAAUGUUGGUCAAUUAAUUGAUAAUCGAGCAAUUAAUCCUAAUCAAUUGCGAUCAAUUCCUAAUCAAUUCAAUUCUGGUCAAGUCUCUGUUAAUACAGUUAAUGAAGGUUUAGAUCAAUGUGCAAUUAAUAUUGAUUAUGGUAAUUUAACUACAUCAUCUUCUUCCUCAUCAUCAUCAACCGCAACAACCACAAUUUCAGUUAGACGGAAACUAUCAACUGAAUUGUGAUCAACAAUUAACAAGGAGAAAAAGUUCUGAUAAUAAAAAUUGUUCUAAAAUUGUGAUCGAUAUAUAAUAUUAUAAAUAUAAUGAUUAUAAUUAUCAUUUAUCACUCGAAAUCUAUUAUUACAAUUUAAUGUAAAUUUCAUUAACCAUUUAUGUACCUGAUAAAUAUGAUUAAUAUUUAAGUUGAAACAA